UCUCGCGAGAACUCAGCCCGUAGGCCCUCUGGUAGCGGGGAGCCGGGCUUCAGUCGGCCUCCGGACGGUUCUCCUCAAAUCUGUGGCAGCGGCGCUCGGACUCGGAACAGAGAACAAAAUGAGUACUUCACAGGACCAGAGUGGCUGCUCCACUAAUAGAGAACCCCUUUCGAGGUGUUGUGAUGCACGGAGGGACUUGGAACUUGCUAUUGGUGGAGUUCUUCGAGCUGAACAACAAAUUAAAGAUAAUUUGCGAGAGGUCAAAGCUCAGAUUCACAGUUGCAUUAGUCGUCAUCUGGAAUGCCUUAGAAGCCGUGAGGUGUGGCUGUAUGAACAAGUAGAUCUAAUCUAUCAGCUUAAAGAGGAGACACUUCAGCAGCAGGCUCAGCAGCUCUACUGGUUAUUGGGACAGUUUAAUUGUCUAAUUCAUCAACUGGAGUGCACCCAAAACAAAGAUCUAGCCAAUCAAGUCUCUGUGUGCCUGGAAAGAAUGGGUAAUUUGACUCUUAAGCCUGAAGAUUCAACUGUUCUGCUUUUUGAAGCAGAUACAACUACUCUGCGCCAGGCCAUCACCACAUUUGGGUCACUCAAAACCAUUCAAAUUCCUGAGCACCUGAUGGCUCAUGCUAGCUCAUCAAAUAUUGGGCCCUUCUUGGAGAAAAGAAGCUAUAGUCCUUUGCCAGACCAGCAGAAGUCAGCAUCCAGCACCACAGUGGUUCCUCUCAAUGAUUGGCUCCUUGGAAGUAAACCUGCCAGUGGUCGUCAGGCUCCUUACAUGCCCAGCACCAACCUCCAGGACUGGCUUACCCAAAAGCCAAGCUUGGAGAACAUUCAGACGCCUGCCAGAGCCUGCAGCUUCUUCAGUAAUGUUUGGGGUAACCUAAAGGGCUUGGAAAAUUGGCUCCUCAAGACCCAGCAAGAUGCUCCUGAAAAGCCAAAUUACCAAAAGCCUAACAUCUGUUCUACUACUAGUUCUUACUCCUGUGAAAUGGAAGAGACUGGCGAUUCAGAGCUUCUUGAUCAAGAUGAAAUGGACCUUUCUGAUUGGCUCAUAACUCCACAGGAAUUACCUAAACUGGAGAAGCUUGGAAGUAGCAGCUGUGAAACCAGUGAGAAGUUUAAGUCCUUGUUCCAGGUAUUUCAGGAGUCCUAUAAUGUGAAUGAUUGGCUUGCUAAGCCUGAUUCCUGUACUCAUUGUCAGGGCAGUCUGCCUAAAGGUGUGGAGAUUGAAAACCUGGGCAACCUGAAGUGUCUGAAUGACCACUUGGAAGCUAAGAAACCCUUCUCCAACCCCAGCAUGAUUACUGAGGUUUGGCUUAUCCAGAACCAGCAGGAUCCAUGUAAAGUAGAAGAGGUAUGCAAAGCCAAUGAGCCAUGUACAAGCUUUGCAGAGUGUGUAUGUGAUGAAAAUUGUGAGAAGGAAGCUCUCUAUAAAUGGCUUCUGAAGAAAGAAGGAAAGGAUAAAAAUGGUGUGCCCACGGAAACAAAACCUGAGCUUGAGAAGUAUAAAGAUUCCUUGAAUAUGUGGCUCUGUUCUUCAAAAAGAGAAUCGAUUGAACAAGCUAAGGCACCAAAGGCCCUGGCUCCUUCUAGAAUUGCUGAUUCUUUCCAAGUGAUUAGAAACAGUCCUUUGUCAGGAUGGCUCACCAGGCCCUCAUGCAAAGAUCGACACCCCCAGGAAGUCGCAUCCAGUGCUGAGGACAGAGAUGGCAAACAAAAGCUUCUGAGCCCCAUGGCCACUUCUUGGUGUCCCUUUAAUACGGCUGACUGGGUCCUGCCAGGAAAGAAGACAGGAAACCUCAACCAGUUAUCUUCAGGAGAAGAUAAGUGGCUGCUGAGAAAGAAGGCCAAGGAAAUGCUACUUAACUCACCUCUACAGGAGGAACGUAACUUUCCUGCAGACCAUUAUGGCCUCCCAGCAGUUUGUGAUCUCUUUGCCUGCAUGCAACUUAAAGUUGAUAAAGAAAAGUGGUUGUAUCGAACUCCUCUACAGAUGUGAAGGACUGGAGACCUACAGUCAAGCAACUUUUCUGCAAAGUAUCACACAUCCAUGAGCGGAAUGAUUACACCAUACCAAAUCAUUGUGUUCCUGGGUCUGACUAGUCAUCUUAGUUCUUUUCUGUCCAAUUUUGAACUAGUGAAAAGAAAUAGUCAUCAGUUUAUGAGUUCUUUUGUAAAAGAGGUUGUUUGUUGAUAUUGAGAUGAUUCAAUUUCAUUUUGCAGAAGUAUUAAUUCACCCUAUAUCAGACACAUAGCAUAUUGAUGAGUGGGUGUUUUUCAUAAGCCUCCAUGGCUCCUCAUAUUGGCUUGUUACAUUAAACCACUGUAGUUAUUUAAAAUAAAAGUUCUAGGGGUCCAGAGACAUAGCACAGGGUUUAAGGCAUUUGCCUUGCACGUGGCCAACCCUAGUUGGAUCCCCAGUACUGCUAGAGUACCGAGCCAGGAGUAAACCGAGACUGCCAUGUGGCCCAUAAACCAAAAACUAAAAGAAAAGUGUUGUAAUUGAGGUGUAUCCAUACAUUUUAAAGCUACUCAAGUUCUCUAACCUUUUGCUUCCUUUCUUUAGAUGCUUCCCUUGAAAUGGGUUUUCUCCCAUUAGUGGUAGAUAUGACUCUUUUGUUUAAUAUUUAACACAAAUAAUUAACCUUGCAAAAUAGGUGAUUUUUUAAAAAAUCAAAAUGUGUAUUAAUUUGGGUAACUUUUGACAUAACUAUUAAGACAUUUUCACUUGUGUCAGUCUAUAUUAUUUUGUUCUUUUGAAAGAAAUUUAGCUACUGCAAAUUUAGUCUUUUUAUUCCUUUACAUUUUUUAUAAAAGUGUUCCGGUGCGCUUUUUUAGAAGUGCCUCCUAUAGCUUCAAGACGAGAGCCCCAGUGCAGACUAAUCCAAAAAUAAAAGGCAAGACAUGUUGGGAAUUGAGUACUUGAACCAUCUCACUAUCCUAGGGGUUUAUUGGUGCAUCCUGUGUAAAUGGAUAAGCUUAACACCUGGUGCUUUAACUAGGGAUAAAUUAAAUGUCCUCUCACUGCAAGCAUACCUAUACCUCUGAACAUAGAAUGCAGUGACAUUUUUGGUGAACAUGCUGUAUUGAAUACUUACUUGUGCCUUGGGGUGUUUAUUGAAGCUUUAUGAACUGUUUUCACAAUAUCCUUAGUCAUUUCCAUGCUUUAAAAAGUUUCUCUGUAGGAGGGAAAUAGGACUAACAUGUUUGUAAAUUCUCUGAAAGGAUAAACUACUGCUGUUCUGGCUUUUAAACCAUCAAGCCACUCUACAUGUUAUGUUUGGAGAAAUUUUAGCCCCAGUAUUAUUGCCAGAUACUAAAUUAGAAUUCAUAAACUACAGUUGAAACUAUCCUAUUUUUGCAUUCUACUCUCUCCAUUUAGAACUUUAAUUAAUGUGGUAUGUAAUGGAAACAAGAGUUUUGGUAAUCACCAUGUAGUAGAUGUCAAGUAUAAAGCUGUAUACUUGACAUUUACACAAUGUUACACACCAAUGAGGCCUCCAAAAAAUAGCCCCCACCGCAACAAUAAAAAUUUAAGGAGCCUUUUCAUUAUUUUCAGUUCUAAGAAACUUUGUAGAGUUUUGAGAUAUGACAGCAUAUUCUUAAAUUUACAUUAAUCACAACACAAUGCUGAGUAUAUACAACAUUCAUUUCCGUGAUGUGUUUUGUAUCUUCCUCCAUUAAAAGCAUAACAAGUAUAGUUGUUGUGUGUUAUUUGUAAAACUACCAUUUACAAAAUGUCUAUCUUAUAUGUGAACCAAUUAAAGCUGAGAAACAACGUGGAUAUAUGAAGAUUUUUAAAAACUUUUACUUUUUUUUAGAGAUUUUUAGUCUUAAAAUACCAGUGGAUUUUAUGUAUUCUGUAUUAGCAACAAAUAGUGAAAAUGUUGAAAUUA